CUUUUCCCAUUCGAAUGCCAUAACAUAACACGCCUGCUCUGGUGUGCCUGGAGUCUUAUCUCCCUCUAACGUCCUUCCUCUCUCAACCCAAAGAUGGCAUUUCCUAUAGGGGAAAGCUUCUUGUAUCUGUCGUCGACUGAUACUUCGGACGAGCUGUCCGAAAGUCAACCUAGCAGGACGAAUAGCCAAUCCCAUCGCUUACCGAAUAGGGUAAAUCGCACGCUAAGAAGGAAGAACCUUUCGAUAAACACAUCUCUCCCUCUAACUCAGCCAGAGAACUUCAAUAAUGCCGGGCAGCUUCUAAGGUUCGAGGUAGCCGACGCUCUAGGCAUUGAGGCUAGUUAUCUUCCUCAGUUAUCUCAUAGUUUGGUCCAGGCUUAUGACGACUCAAGCUCAGUAUAUUCCGGCUCAAGUAACACACAGCAGCUCAUGGAUAAAUCUAAGCCAACGGGAAGGGAAGGCUCUGUGAGCCCAGUCUCGGACUACUCGUCCCCAAUCGAUACGGCGGAAUGGAGUCAAUUAAUAGAUGACUUGGCGGAAAAGCGCCUUAGUGCUGCUAUAACUAAUGUACUCGGUAUUGACACCGAAAUGCUUCCCUCAGACGAAUCAUUCCUAGAUCUUGGGGGCAACUAUCGAAAGGCUAGGGAGCUUCGAGCGGAGUGUAUGGACGCAGGCAUAAGUAUCAAUACCAGUGAUAUUAUGAACUGCAAAACUAUCGCUGAUCUCGAGACACGCAUAACGCCGCUUGCCUCGCGUAGGGUUUCGGAGAACAAGAUACAACCUACAGUCGUUAGUCCACUCGAACCAGAGUCGCCAGAGAAUUCUGAACCUCCGGCAAUUCCGCCUAAAGCGGCGGCUAGAUACUCUCUCAUUCAACCGCAACUCAGACCUACGCUAUCCAAGAGGCGCUAUGCCGGAGUUGAGAAAAUUCUCAAUCGACACAGCGACAUCUCAAGAGCGUCUGUACUCAAAUCCAAGGCUGGCCCAUUCGAAGGGCGGCUCGUGGCAUUCGUCACCCUGACAGGCUGUGGUGUGGAUGGCUCAGCCGACUGCGAAGUUAAAUUACAAAGUCCUCGCCACACUAUCAAACUAUCAACUAUCCGGAAAGUGGUCGAGGCUCAACUGUCGCCAAGUCUCAUACCUAGCGUCUGGAUUGCGUUAGAAAAGAUGCCCUUAGACGACGCGGGUAAUAUCAACCGGAGAAAGUUACAAACGUGGAUACAAAAUACUAAUGACGAGACAUAUCACCAAAUUCUAUCCGUUGACUCGAGAGCGAGUUUAAGACAGCCCGCAAGUGUGAUAGAAAAACGCCUCCAGAAGACAGCGAGUAGGGUGCUACGUAUGGAUCAAACCGGUAUAGGCAUGAAUAUGUCGUUCGCAAGUCUGGGUGGCGAUAAAAGGGCCGCGGCAGAGUUCACAGCGAAAUGCGAACCUCAGGGGAUUUGUCUCGAUGCGGAAGACGUCAUGAACGCAAGUUCACUAACCCAGCUUGCUGCCCUUGCAAGGUCGAGUAGGUCGCACUCGCGCAAUAUGAGCGAAUUACCGGUCGAUGCCUUCGAAAUUUCACCUAUGCAGCGUCUAUAUUUUCAUACCUCCAUGGGCGGUGAUGUUCACCAACGAGAAUCCAGGAACGAUGAGUACAGGUUUAAUCAAAGCGUGCUGUUUCGGCUGAGACGAGCUACAAGCAUAGAGGAUGUGGCAGCAGCGGUAGAGGCUGUAGUCAGUCAUCACCCUACGCUAAGAUGUCGGUUCCGGCGAAGUGGAAUUUCCUGGUGUCAACUAAUAGAACCGGAUAUCCCAUCUUCUUAUCAUUUCACCUCCCAUACAUUUACGACUAACGCUGAAUUCGAGAAACUAGUCAGAACCGCCCACGAGAGAAUUGACAUUGAGACGGGCCCUGUCUUUGCUGCCUAUCAUUUCAAUACCAGUGAUGGCCACCAAAUGCUCUACAUGGUCGCUCAUCAUCUCGUUAUCGAUUUAAGGUCGUGGAAUAUCAUAGCAGACGACUUAGAAGGGUUGCUCACUAAGGGGUAUCUCAUCUCUGGUCACACCCUCUCCUUUAGAGAAUGGACGCUCCACCACAGACAUCGCAUACGGGAGAUGAGCAUUCCGUUCGACGUACCGAGGGGAAACUAUAGAUACUGGCAAAUUGAUCCCGCGUCCAACAAAUACGGCAAUACGUUGUCUACUGGUUUCACGCUUAGUGCAGAGGUCACCUCAGCCCUAAAAAUCAGCUGCCAGGCGCUUAAGGUAGACCUUGUGGACCUUUUCAUGGCUGCUCUUCUUCUCUCCUUUGCGCGAGAAUUUCACGACCGCACGCCGCCUACUAUAUGGAACCAGAUGAAUGAGAGAUCUUUAUUCGGAACGGAGAGAAAUAUAUCAGAAACAGUAGGAUGGUUUACCUCGCUAUACCCGGUGGCUGCCCAUGUUUACCCAGCGGACGAUAUCUCAACUGUACUCAAAAGGAUCAAAGACUUGGAAUACGCUACCAUUAAAAGGGGUAUUCUACAGUUUGCUAGGAAUCUGAUAGAUGGCGCCUCUACGCUUUCAUUUGUUUCCUCCUACUGCCCUCUCGAGCUUAUGUUUACUUACUCUGAAAAACGGCAAAAUAUGAAAAGUCAAGACACCUUAUUAGAACAAGUCCCUGCGUCAGAUAGGACCUUGGCUUCAGGUGUGUGGGAUAUUGGAAACGAUGUCGGGCGUAUCGCCAUAUUCGAGACUUCAAUAUCAGUCGAGGAGAGUGGAACCAGCGUCGAGUUUCUCUACCCCAAAGAUUGUGUACAUCAGGAGAAGAUAGAAAAUUGGGUUUGUGGUUACGAGAGGAUAUUACUUCAAGCCACAGAAGGGUUGCAGCAUGAAAAGUCGAGGGCGUCUUUAUCUAACCCUCUUCAUCUGAACAUUUCCGACGAAGAGUUCAACCGACUAAAUGCAACAAUCCUACCGCGGCUCAAUCUCAAUGUUUCUAAUAUCGAGGCCAUUUAUCCCGCAACGGAAACUCAGCAAGACAUUAUUACCAAGCAAGCUCUAAUUCCGGGGAGUUCUAAGGCGUUGAUGAUUUGCGAACUCGCAACGUUUGAUCGGCCCAUUGAUACUUCUCGCAUCUGCAAUGCUUGGCUUCAAAUGACAUCGAAGCAUUCCGCCUUGAGGACUAUCUUUUCUCAGAGCGUCUCCAAUAGCCGCUUGUAUGAUCAGAUAAUUUUGAGGUCACAUUCGCCCACCAUGCUCUUCCUGGAAAGUGAUAGCGUUGAGGAUGUAAUGGCAUCUAUUGAUAACCUACCCCCUUUACCACUGAAUGAGGGUAUUCCUUGGCAUAGACUUGUUGUAUGCCAGGUAGCCGACAAGACAUUUAUCAAGUUGGAGGCAAGCCAGGCAGUAUGCGAUGUCUUCAGCAUGUCCAUUCUCUUCAAAGAACUUGAGCAAGCCUAUUUCCAUGACCAAAUCCCCUCUCGGACCGAGGCAUCAUAUCUUCAGUAUGCGCAGCAUUUGGAAACGUCCUCUUCCAGUAUUGAUUUCUGGAAGGAGCAUUUGAAGGGUGUUCAACCAUGCCAAUUCCCUGCCCUCGUAUCGCAACAUUCCAUUCCAAACGAGUGGGAGACUACGACUGUUGAUCUUGACGUUCAGUAUGAGAAGCUCAAAGCUUUCGCUGGGGAACAUAGCAUAGGUCUAUCCGUCAUACUCCAGGUUGCGUGGGGUUUACUCUUACGGACUUAUAUCGGAACAGACAAUGUCUGCUUUGGGUACCGCGUUGACGGUAGGGAUUUCCCCGUCGAGAAUUUGGAGGGUACUAUUGGUUCAUUUUCAACUAUCUUGACAUCCAGGCUUCGAAUACCCCGUGAAGAGCUCCUUACGCAGCUACUGCUAAAUGCGGAGAAGGACCGUCUACAAGCAUUCGACCAUCAACACAUACCUAUUAGCAGGGUCGAACACGAACUACAGAUCAAGGGUGUUCGCUUGUUCAACACCUACCUCUCAUUAAGGUGCGAAUAUGGGUCUUCCACAAGUUCAAGAUGCCGACAGGUCAGGAUAGAGCAAGCCUCAGAGUACGAUGUUGGCGUGGAUGCAUACUUUCACGACGGAAACAUGUCAGUUGACAUUGGGCAUCGCAUCUUUAACUCCGAUCAAGCAAUUACCGUUGCUUGUGUAUUUGGAAGAGCUAUUGAGGCCAUCCUGGACUCACCAACGAGUGGAGUCCAGGAGGUCGACUUAUUCAGUAUGCGCGACCAUGAACACAUCCUGGCAUGGAACAGCAUGCCUCAAGCUGAUCUACCUAAGGAAACUAUCCAUGGCUUAGUCGCACGUCAAGCUUCGCUAAACCCGGAAAUCCAAGCCGUCUGUGCGUGGGACGGGGAGUUUUCCUAUGGUGAUCUUCACGAUCUGUCCAUUGUCCUUGCUAAACACCUUCUCGCUUCCGGCCUCAAGCCACGAAUGCCUGUGCCUGUGGCUAUUGUCAGGAGUCGGUGGGCUGUAGUAGCCAUGCUAGCGGUGCUCCAUGCCGGCGCAAUUUUGGUGCCUAUCGAUAUUGAGAUCCCCUCAGAAAUUUCCAGGAUCAUCAGAGAAGUUGGUGCCAGUUUCGUCCUAACCUCAGCUAGUGUUCGAAAAUUCGUGGAUGGUCUUGGGGCAAAGGCCAUCACUGUAGACGAAAACGCUGUUCUGGCUAUGUCCGCACAGGCGGUCGAUAUGGACCUUCCACGUCCUACACCCUACGAAAUAGCCUGCAUUCUUUUCAGCGCCGCGUCCACUGGGACUUUCAAAACAGUCUCCUACAGCCAUAGAUCCUUAGCAGCUGCUUGUGUCGGGCAGAGUUCUACGCUACUCAUUAACCCCUCGAGCAGGGUCAUGCAGCUCUCUUCGUAUCAUGUCGAUAUUGCGCUUUCAGAAAUCUUCACUACCUUGGUUCAAGGGGGCUGCGUCUGUAUCCCUUCAGCCUCGGAGAGAACUGCCGAUUUCUCCGGAGCCGCCAGGCGCAUGCACGUUAAUUGGACAUAUUUAACACCGACGCUAUCAAGGAAAUUAGAUCCGAAAAGCCUGCCAGACCUUGCCGUUGUCUGUUUCCGUGCGAAGCAUCUUGAUGAUGAUGUUUACGCACCAUGGAUUGGUAAGGCGAAGGUGUUACUGGCUUAUGGUUCUCCUGAAGCUGGCCCCCUUGCACUUUCUGCCACCGAGCUUACUGAUUCGAGCACUUCGCAAUGCUUCGACAGUCCAUUCUACGGUAACUUUUGGAUAGUCAGUCUGGAAGAUAGUAACCGGCUCGUGCCAGUAGGUGCGCUUGGCGAGCUGGUAAUAGGGGGGCCGACACUUGCUAGCGGUCUAGACAUCCACAAACUAAAUAUCAAGACAUGGACCGAAAAGAGACCAACUUGCGCAAUGUCACUACUGGAAAAAUCGGGAAAUCGCCUACUCAGAACGGGACACCGUGCCCGUUAUCUCGAGGAUGGAAGGGUUUUAUUCGCCGUAGAUGACGGUGGAGAUGCGCAAAUAGACGGUAGAAAGUUCCGCCUUUCGGUUGUCGAGCCAAAGCUUCGACAAUGCCUCGGCCGGCGUGUCGACGUAGUGGUUGAGACGAUAGCCUUCAACGACCCCGAUUCGGAUCCGAUUUUAGCUGCCUUUAUCGAUUUUGGAGAGAAUGUACUGAGGAGAGGGGAAGAAUUGCCGAACCUCAGUCGCACUACAAAGGAGAGAUUAUACCUUUGUAAAAAGAUGGCCAGCAUGGCGCUCCGAGAAACCUUACCCAGGUAUAUGGUCCCCUCGGCGUAUAUACCUGUUAAACGUAUGCCUUUGACACCAACGUUGGAUGUCAACAGGGUAGAGCUCCAACGAAUGAUUGCGGGUUCAUCCAGGAAACAACUUCUUGGGCUAGCAGAGGUUUCGAAUCCGCAAGGGCUUCAAAAUAUUAGUUUCAAACCUCUCCCUCUAACCGAAGUGGAACAUCGAAUGAGGGCUAUAUGGGGUCAAGUACUCGGCAUCGAAGAAAGGUCGAUUACAGCUAGCGAUGGAUUUCUAACCUUAGGCGGUGACACCGUCUUUGCCUAUGAACUAAUCAGGGAGUGCAAGCAGCGCGGCAUUGAUCUUUCUAUCAUCGAUAUCCUUCGAAACAUCUCUCUGGCUGAGAUAUGUACGGGGGCCAUGAUUAUGGAGACAUAUCCUACAGUCUUUCAAGCGGUCGUUGAACCGAUGCAGCUAGAUUCCCCAAGUUUUCCUACUGGCAAAGGAAUUGCGUCUCAGCUUGGAUUCGAUAAGGGCUUGGUCGAGGAUAUAAUUGAGGCGUCAUCGUUGCAAACAAUGUUCAUCGAGUCUGAGAUGGCACAGAGUGGUGGAAUUGUCGAUUACCUGGAGAUUAAUAUCAACGGGUCUCUAGAUUGUAAUAAGCUUCACGAUGCGUGCUUUAGGUUGAUCGAUGCUCAUCCCAUUCUUCGGACGGCAUUUGUUACUCACCGUCACCAACUCUACCAGGCCGUCUUUAGGUCUCAUCGUCCAGAAUUUCCGAAGUAUCACUGCCAAAGCUGGAGACUUGGCAAUCUAACUACCUCGAAACUCAUUAAGAGGGAGCAAGCGAAACGUAUUGACUUUUGCCAACCCGUUACCAAGUUCUCCUACUUUGACGCCGGAAAAAGCUCCGUGCUCGUCAUACGACUUAGUAGAGCCCAGUAUGAUGGGCUUUCGAUACCUGUGCUUCUCAGCGACUUAACCCGGUUCUACAAUCAUAGCGAUCAGCCUAUCAAGCGUCCCGGCUUCUACGAGGUAAUUAGAGCUACUCGUCGCUCAUACUCGGACAGCGCCAGCGAAUACUGGCGUACUUUGCUCGAAGGUGCAACAGUCACCCAAAUAAUAUCAAAGCCCUCGCCUACGAAAGUCAGCUUGAACCACACAACUAUCCACCGACAGAUCCGCACAGGGGCACUGCGCAACUUAGGUAUAUCAUUUGAAACGAUACUUAAGAGCGCCUGGUCGAUCGUCCUUGCGAAUCUGUCUGGUACCAAUGACGUUGUCUUCGGUGAGCUUCUGGAUGGGAGAGACCUCAGCCUUCCGAACAAUAAAAAUGUAUCGGACAUCGUCGGACCCUUAGGCAAUAUCUUACCCGUCCGAGUAAGAUUGCCAGAUAUUCCGAUCACGCCAUAUGAAUAUUUCCGAUGCAUCCAAAGUCAGCACGUCGCUAGCAGAUCACAUAGCAUACAACUUUUUGAUAUCAUACAAGAAGCAACUCCAUGGCCAUCUUGGACUCGGUUCAGCACCAUCAUCCACCAUAAAGCCCACACCAGGGAUACCGCGAACAUCGAAUUCAGUUUCGGAAAUUCCUCAUCCGAGAUGAAUUACAAGAAACCGAACUAUUUUCCGUCAGAUAUCUUCAUCGAAUCAUGCAUGUCGGGAUCCUCUGACGUCGGUAUAUCCCUCACAUUUUGCGAGAAGAUAAACCUUUCCUUCGCGAACGACGUUUUGAAUAUGCUUUGUUCGGUCAUCUUGCUUCUCACUUCUACUUUUGUCAUGGAGCCAUUAUAUCUAAAAGGCCUCGAUGAUGAUAGCUCAACGUCGAGAAUUCCACUCCCAGCACCUAAGCGAGAGAUUGGAAUAUCGGCAAACGUUGAGUCUGUCGAACCCGAUCUUGCUCGCUCCGUCCACAACAUGAUAUCAUCUGCCUGGAACGGAAUUCUUGAGGCCUACACACUCAAAGUUCCCGAUAUACGCUCAGUCCCCUUCUACGAGAUUUGGGGCUCUCUCGUUCCGGCUGCUGAGCUCGCUAAAUACUACACCAAUAACAUGCCUUCUUCUCUUGGUGUAGAAGGAACCAGUUUCACGGCGGAAGAAAUCAUUGACCAUCCAACGAUGAUGCAACAAUACGAACUCAUCAUCGCGAAACAGCAAGCGCCGGAUUCCAGGCGCAGCAGGAGCACCAUGUUGGUCCGCACACAGUCCGUCUUAGGCAGAAACAUACGCAGACUGCCUGGCGUGAGCGCCUCGCCGACCGUUACGUCUCCGAGGAGCAACCAUAGGUCCACGGGUAGCAACACUUCCAUGGAGUCCAUGACGACGGGAUCUACUCAGAGCGACGACGACGAACUAAAAGCGCACGAUGUCGCACUGAAUCGUACCGCUAGGGAGGCGAGGAAAGUGAUUCUGGAGGGGAAGCACUGCAGGGCAACGAAGAAGGGGCCCUCGCUCCUGGGGAAGAUGUUGCCUACAAUUCCAAGUUAAUUGUUUACUUUUCUUUGUAUUAGGGGCGGGCGGUUCGAAAGCAUCUGGCAUUUGUUGGAGGGGUACUUACUAGAGGGAUAUCAUUGGGGUUCUUCGUCUUUAUGGCUGGUGUUUAGGUUCUGGGAAAUGACUGCAGGCAAACGAUAGCAAUACCUUCGAUGUUCAAAUUACUUAAGAUACCAAUGCAAUGGUUUUAUUUUAGACAACAUGCAUA